AUGUCUAUUGCAUUUCACCGCUUAUGUGCUCCUCAACUAUGUCCGAAUCGGAGUAGCAUCAUCAAUUCCACAACCGGCUUGUUUGCAAAACGAUUUGCUUCAACAUCGUCCAGAAGAGUCGUUGAGCACUCCCAUUACGAUCUUCAUGCUUGGCCAAGGGCCAAAAAGCCGUCUCCGCACGAAAUAUUCAACAUUCUAGGUGGUGAGGGAGAUUUUGCUAACCGCCAGGAAUACGAGAAAUCCGUUAAAUCCACCUACCAGAAAUUCGUGAAAGUGUACCAUCCGGAUGUGUGCUCUAACCACGAUGUGGUGGAACGCGGACAUUCGUUGCUGGUGGAACAGAAAAGACAGAGGUUUGAUGAUAUCCAGAACGCAUAUGAGAUCUUGAGGGAUCCCAGCAAGAGUAGUGCCUACAGAAAGUACCAGACAACAUCAUGGGAUGACUACCAGCGCGGUAAAACUGGCUCUUUUGACGCGUACCGCAUGGCCAACGCCCACAGAAAGAAAUAUGCCUAUGAGAAUGACCCCAAGUUUUGGCACGCAGCAACCUGGGAGGAUUAUUACCAGAUGCGGUACGGUCGGGCUGCUCCAACACGUGAGGAGUGGGAAAAGAACAAAUGGAAUAUAUUGUGGAAGGUUCUAGCGGUAGCUUCUGUGGUUGUAGUGUUACAGAUAAUGUUGGCACUCGAAAGAACACAUGAGUUCAACAGGCAAACUCGCCUAAUGAAUUUGAGAGCAAACGCCGAUCUCGCGGACGCAUAUGAUAAUUAUGGUGAGAGCCGCAGUCAGUUCCAACGGAUUCGGAGGUUCUUGUUGUAUAGACGACUGGCCUUGGAGUCUAGAGACGACCAGGAACUCAGACAGGAGGAAUCAGACAUGUUGACAAACUAUGCGAAGCAGCGGGUGUCAAAAUUGGACUAG